CACUAGCAAAUUAGCAAUCAGAAUCAGAACGGAAGCCGGCCAGAAACUGAACUUCAAUGGCUUCAAUGCAAUGCCAUAUGCCUGUUGAGCAAACUUACACUCAUGUGGAGUCUACUGUCAUCAGCCAGAAGACAACCACUGAGACUUCCCACAAGGCUAACAAUGAGCACUCUUUCACUAACAAGGUGAAGGAGAUGGCUAAUUCAGCCCGCAAAAUAUUCACUGAGCACAAGCACCAAGAGCAUAAUGGGCAAAAUGGUGACCGUGAUCACAGACAUCAUGCACAGCAUGGUGCGGCCAAGAAUCACGUUUCACUCCAUCAUGACCAUGAGAGCCACGCUACUAGCCAUGUUCAGCAAUCGGCAUGUCAAGGAUCACAAAUGUAUGUGGCUAAUGCUGCAGCAAAUGACAAGAAAAAGAAGGAAGGCCAUGGAGGCCAUUUCAUUGCCAAUAUUGGCGAGCACAUAAAGAACAUGAAGAACAAAAUGAAUCACAAGGCAGGCAAGUCCAGUGAUGGAAGCAGCAGCGACGAUGAGAGUGACAAAGAAACUUCUGCAGAGAACUGAAUGCUGCUGGGAAAGAUCAACGAGGAGGGCUGAAACUAUACAGCAAGGGACUAAUAAAUAUGAAGCAGAAGCUAAAGAAGUACCGAAUUCUCAAUUCAAUUGCUAUAAAAAAAAAAGCAAAUUGAAAAUGUUUUAUCCUCCUAAUUCUGAAACAGUACGAAGGAGAUAAAUCCUGGCUUAUAAGUGUAUAAAUAAGGCUUCUUCAAGGUUGAAGUUUCUGUAGCAAAACCUUUACUAUUUAAAUUACAUCGCCCGUUCAAUGCAGUGCUGAACCAACCAUUUGUAAGUUGGAUGGCGGAUCCAAAUA